GCGAAAGACCAACGCGCUAGCGCCCCAUGGCGACCAUGGCUCGCACCCUGCUCGUCGCGUUCAUGGCGCUGCUCCUCGUCGUCGGCCCGUGCCACGCAAGGCCAGCGCCGCAACAGCCACCCAACAAGCUGUCAGCCAAAGAGAAGGCGGCGGCGGCGGACGGCGUCACGGCCAUCUACAACUUCGGCGACUCCCUGUCCGACACCGGGAACCUGCUCCGCGAAGGCGCCACCGGCAUGCUGCGGCACAGCAUGGGUCCUCCCUACGGCUCUGCCAUCGGGGGCGCCACGGGCCGGUGCUCCGACGGGUACCUCAUGAUAGACUUCCUCGCCAAGGACCUCGGCCUGCUGCUUCUCAACCCGUACCUCGACAAGGGCGCCGACUUCACGCACGGCGUGAACUUCGCCGUCGCCGGUGCUACCGCCCUCGACGCGGCGGCGCUCGCGAGGAGAGGGGUCGUUGUUCCCCACACCAACACCUCCCUGGCCGUCCAGCUGCAGCAGUUCAAGGACUUCAUGAGCGCCAACACCCGUUCCCCGCAGGAGAUCCGCGAGAAGCUGGCCCGGUCGCUGGUCAUGGUGGGCGAGAUCGGCGGGAACGACUACAACUACGCCUUCUCGGAGAACAGGCCGGUGGCCGGCGGCGCGCGCAACUUCUACAACUUCGGGCGCAUGGCGACUGGCGUGGUCGAGGCGAUGGCGCUCGUCCCGGACGUGGUGCGGUCCGUCACGGACGCGGCCAGGGAGCUCCUCGACAUGGGCGCGACGCGGCUGGUGAUCCCGGGAAACUUCCCGCUGGGAUGCGUGCCGAGCUACAUGUCCGCCGUGAACGAGACGGACCCGGCGGCCUACGACGCCAACGGCUGCCUCAUGUCGCUGAACCUGUUCGCCCAGAUGCACAACGUGCUGCUGCAGCAGGAGAUCCGUGAGCUGCGCCGGUCCUACCCGAGCGCCACGAUCGCCUACGCCGACUACUUCUACGCGUACGUGCGGAUGCUGAGGGACGCCGGCAAGACGGGGUUCGACGAGGGCGCGGUGACCAAGGCGUGCUGCGGCGCCGGCGGCGGCGAGUACAACUUCAACAUGGAGCGGAUGUGCGGCGCGCCGGGCGCGUCGGUGUGCGCGAGGCCGGAGGAGCGCAUCAGCUGGGACGGCGUGCACCUGACGCAGCGCGCGUACAGGGUCAUGACCGACUUGCUCUACCACAAGGGAUUCGCGUCCCCGGCGCCGGUACAGCUCCCGCGUACCUCAACAUCGGCGGGCGUCCUUGAUUAG